AUGCGGUUCGACGUCAAGCGACAACUCUUUGCCCGCUCGGAGCGAGUCAAGGGGAUUGACUUCCACCCCACAGAGCCAUGGUCGAUUAUCAAAACAUUCGAACUUACCGACGUCCCUGUAAGAGCUGGUCGGUUCAUUGCGCGAAAGAACUGGAUUGUGUGCGGUUCCGAUGACUUCCAAUUACGAGUAUACAACUACAAUACUUCGGAGAAGAUUAUAUCCUUUGAAGCCCACCCAGAUUACAUUCGAUCGAUUGCAGUUCACCCAACGCAUCCAUUUGUUUUGACGGCUUCAGAUGAUAUGACCAUCAAACUGUGGGAUUGGGACAAAUCAUGGAAGUGUGUGCAGGUAUUCGAGGGUCACAGCCACUAUGUGAUGGGUCUUGCCAUCAAUCCAAAGCACACCAACACGUUUGCUUCAGCCUGUCUCGACAGGACUGUUAAGAUAUGGAGCUUGGGCUCACCUAACCCCAACUAUACCCUCGAAGCACACGAGACCAAGGGUGUAAAUCAUGUCGAGUACUACCCACAAGCCGAUAAGCCAUAUCUUCUCACAACCUCUGAUGAUAAGACCGUGAAAAUCUGGGAUUAUACUACAAAGGCAUUGAUUGCUACCUUGGAGGGACACACUAGCAACGUAUCUUUCGCAUGCUAUCAUCCAGAGCUUCCAAUCAUUAUAUCCGGCUCUGAAGAUGGAACUAUCAAACUCUGGCACGCAAACACUUACAGGCUAGAGCAGUCUCUUAGUUAUGGCCUUGAAAGAGCCUGGUGUGUUAGCUACCAACGUGGUAAACAGGGAAUCGCCAUGGGUUUUGACGACGGAGCUGUGGUAGUUAAGAUGGGUAGAGAAGAACCUGCCGUAUCUAUGGAUGGAUCCGGUAAGAUUGUCUGGGCUAGACACAAUGAAGUCGUCUCCACUGUCAUCAAGGGCGGUGAUGCAAGCUUGAAGGAUGGUGCUCCUCUCUCCCUACCUACCAAAGAUCUCGGCUCCUGUGAAAUAUACCCUCAGACUCUAGCCCAUUCUCCAAAUGGAAGAUUCGUUUCCGUUUGCGGAGAUGGCGAAUACAUUAUCUACACUGCUCUUGCCUGGAGAAACAAGGCGUUUGGACAGGCGUUAGAUUUUGCUUGGGGGUCUAAGGAUAAUAGUAAUGACUACGCAAUUCGGGAAUCGUCAACAAGCGUUAAAAUAUUCCGGAAUUUCAAAGAAAAGAGUGGUGGGCUCGAUGUUGGUUUCCACGCUGAGGGUCUAAGUUCUGGUGUCCUCCUCGGUGUUAAGGGUCAAGGUGGCAUUGGCAUGUUUGACUGGGAGACUGGCAAUCUUGUUCGAAGGAUAGAAGUUGAGCCUAGAGCUGUGUACUGGUCCGAAUCAGGGGAGCUGGUUGCCCUUGCGUGUGAAGAUACCUUUUACGUCCUUCGUUUUUCACGAGAAGAUUACAUUGCUGGACUAAAUGCUGGGCAGGCUGAUGAGGACGGUGUUGAGGCUGCCUUUGAAGUGGUAACGGAUGUUAAUGAAACCGUCCGCACCGGUGAAUGGGUUGGGGAUUGCUUUAUUUAUACAAACUCGACAAACCGACUAAACUACCUCGUUGGUGAUCAAACUUACACGAUUUCACACUUCGACCAGCCAAUGUACCUCCUUGGGUAUCUUCCUCGGGAUGGACGGGUUUAUCUUGCCGAUAAGGAACUUUCUACCGUCUCAUUUGCACUGUCGCUUUCCGUUGUUGAGUAUCAAACCCUUGUAUUGCGAGGUGACAUGGACUCGGCAACAGAGUUGUUGGAGGAUAUUCCAAAGGACCAGAUGAACAAAAUUGCCCGGUUCUUGGAAGGCCAAGGUUAUAGAGAUCUUGCACUCGACAUUGCUACUGACCAGGAGCAUCGCUUUGACCUUGCUCUUGGGCUCGGAAAGCUUGACAUUGCCCUUGAAAUUGCUAAGGUAACAGAUGUUGAGCACAGAUGGAAGACAGUUGGUGAUGCGGCUCUGGCAGCAUGGAAUCUUUCCUUGGCCGAGGAAUGCUUCUCGAAUGCUAAAGAUCUUGGAUCCCUACUUCUGCUGCACUCGUCAAGUCGAAACAGUGCUGGUCUUCAGAAGUUGGCUGAGCAAGCAAAGCAGGCUGGCUCGCACAAUAUCGCAUUCUCCGCUCUAUGGCAGCUAUCUGAUGUAGACGCGUGCAUUGACCUCCUCGUCCAAACCAACCGCUUCGCUGAAUCUGUCUUCUUUGCCCAGACUUAUAAGCCUAGCCGCACCCCAGAGCUAGCUGUCCAGUGGAAACAGAGCCUCGAGAAGAAUGGCAAAACCAAAGUGGCACGCAUCAUUGGUGUGCCACCAGGUGUUGAAAAUUCUGAUGACGACCUUUUCCCUGAAUGGGAUAGCUAUCUCAAACUCGAAGCUGAAGGGGGUUUGAAAACUGCAAAUUUGAUCGACAUUGAUGCCAAUGGUGAUGAGGAUGAGGGUGAGGCAGCCACGGAUGAAGCUGCAGAAGAAGCUGCAAAUGGCGCUUCCGAGUAA